AUGUCGGAAGCCUCAUCCAUCAGCUCCUUCAAUGACUGUUCGGAUCCAGACAACACAACAUCAUCCGAAAAUUGGCAGGAUGCGCCCCAGGCCAGCACCCCACAUGAAGAGCAUAGCCCACCUCGGGUUCGAUUUCGAUCCAAUCUGGGUUUCGCGCAGAGUGCUCAACAUGACCAGCCCAGGGAGGGCCUUCGGGAAGAAUGGGAGCACUCACAACGUCAAGGCGAACCUCAUCGACCGACAACACCUUAUGCCCACGAGUCUGCAGACAUCACGGAUACCCCGUUAAAAGAUCGCGAGCCAGAUCCCGGACAAACUAUGGGUGUUCCAGGCAUCGAGGCGAUAGACCACACCCAGAAAAAGGACGACGAAAAGAAAGCCCCGAGUUCCGAGCACCGAAGCACGAUGGCAAGAUGGCGAAAUGUGACGCAAAACUGGAAGCAAAGAGCGUCGGAUUUUGGCGAUCGCUUAGGUCGCCCACAAUCGGAAGGAGACGACUUGUCAGUGGGAAAGUACCAUGCAGAUUGGGCCACGGGAGGUGAAGGCGCCCUUUCCGAUAUGACGGACAAUAAACACAAAACCUCCGAAGAAAAGAAACGUGAUCAGAUACACAGCAGCUCCGAGGCUCAUCGUCUGGUUCGAGAUCUGACCCAGGAUCAUUCACAAAAGCGCCGCAAAGGUCGAGGCAAGCCAUAUCCCCACCCCGACAAUGAAUUCAAAGAAGAGGAAAAUGAGACCGGACUGGACGCAAGUCUCAGGUAUCGGUCUGGGGGUGGUGGUAUCCUCUCGCAGUUGAUUAAACUCAACGGUGGUCAGCAACCUGGAGCCGAAGACAAAUCCCAAUCGUCCACUAGCUCAUCAGUUGAAUCCACUAGUUCGUCAACCAACGCGCCGUCGGGAGAAAGCACAGGAGUAACGACACCACGAAAAGGAAAACCCAAAUGGUACAAGAAGAACCAGAACACAUCCAACUCCACCCUGAUUGGGGGAGGCCCUGGCACCUUCAGUGGCGCAAGUACCCCAGUUUCGAAUGAAGUGCUCUCUGUUGCCUCAAAGCGUCGUGGACAGGAGACCAGCGGUGAAACACAAAGUGGAGGGAGAGGGGCAGGUGGAGGUCGCAACGUUCGGCUCGAGGACGAAAUCCGGGUGACAGUUCAUAUUGCCGAGAUCAUCUGUCGGCAGCGAUACAUCAUGCAGCUGUGCAGGGCGUUAAUGUCCUUUGGUGCUCCCACACACAGAUUGGAGGAAUACAUGCAGAUGACUGCGAAAGUGCUCGAAGUCGACAGCCAGUACUUGUACCUGCCAGGCUGCAUGGUGAUGUCGUUCGAUGAUCCGUCGACCCGUACGACAGAGGUGAAACUGGUUCGCGUCGCCCAAGGAGUAGAUCUCGCUCGUUUAUCUGACACUCACCUGGUGUAUAAAAACGUGAUCCAUGACGUGAUGGGCAUUGAAGAAGCAGUCCAGGAACUGGAUCUCAUCAUGAAGAAAAAGCCUCGGUUUCCCAAAUGGAUCGUUGUUCUGGUAUACGGUCUCGCCACUGCCACCGUGGGCCCUUUUGCCUUCAAUGCUCGACCAAUUGACAUGCCCAUUAUCUUCCUCAAUGGAAUCCUAGUUGGGUUGAUGCAGCAUGUAGCGGCACCUCGCUCGGUGUUAUAUUCGAAUGUGUUUGAGGUGACAUCGACUGUGGUCACAUCAUUUCUUGCGCGAGGCUUUGGCAGUAUUCCACUAACAAUAGUGGAUGGCAAGAGGGAAUAUCUCUUCUGUUUUUCGGCUAUCGCUCAAGCCUCUAUUGCAUUAAUUCUUCCCGGGUUUCUGGUCCUCUGCAGUAGCCUGGAGCUGCAAUCGCACCAAAUCAUCGCGGGUUCGAUUCGGAUGGUCUACGCUCUCCUAUUCUCCCUGUUUAUUGGUUACGGAAUCACAGUCGGAACAACCAUAUAUGGCUUGAUGGACAACGGCGCUGUCUCUGAUACCUCCUGUCCUAAAAAUGGGGCGUUCCAAAACCCCUAUGUCCAACGAUUCCCCUUCGUUGCAAUCAUGACCGUCUGGCUUCUGAUAAUCAACCAAGGGAAGUGGAAACAGCUACCACCCAUGAGCAUCAUUGCCUUAGCUGGGUACAUCAGCAAUUAUUUCAGUACAAAAAAGUUGGGAUCAAAUUCGCAAGUCGCGAACACUGUGGGCGCAUUCACCAUCGGAAUCAUGGGGAACUUAUACAGCCGUCUUUGGCACGGACACGCCGCAACCGCUAUCCUGCCAGGUAUAUUCAUUCUUGUUCCAUCCGGACUUGCUGCAACAGGCUCAUUGAUAUCGGGUGUCCAAUCCGCAGAUGAGAUCCGUCAAAAUGUAUCGUCCCACGGUUCAGCGAGCAGCUCGCCUGGAGCUGGGCUGCAGUCUAGCAGCUCUGUUUUCAGUUUGGGAUUUGGUAUGAUUCAGGUUGCGAUUGGGAUUACGAUUGGCUUGUUCAUUUCUGCAUUGGUUGUGUAUCCAUAUGGAAAGGCUCGCAGUGGCCUGUUCAGUUUCUAA